AUGUUCCGUGUACAAUUCUUUUUCCCUGGUGCCUUGGUGGUGCCCAGCGUCGGAUGGACGUUGCCGACGGUCGAGCCCAGCAGUGCGGCCUCGUAUCGUGCCGUGAGAAGUGCUGUGGCGAGGAUGCAGUACGGCUACAUGGAUCAGCAGCAGAACUACCAGCAGAGCUACGGCGGUGUGCAGUGGCGCAUUGACGCUAGCUACGGCGUCCAGGCCAUGCCUCAAUUCCGCUUUCCCGCUUUGCCGAAAUAUUGGGCUCUGCCCUACACGGUGCGCAACGGCGAGGACCAGGUGUUGAGCCGCUGGAACAUGAUGAACGAGGCGUUGACCGUCUCGCGGGUGCAGUGCAUGGUGAGGGUCCUCGCCGACGGCACGCCCACUCUGGUCGGGUGUGGCAAGGCGCCAUCGCUAUAUCGCGCCUUCGGCGGCCCUUGGAGCCCGCUCUACAAGGGCGAGAGCGUGCUGCUGUCCGACGGCCUGCAGGUGAGCCUGGACUGCAAUAACCCUGAGGGCGCGGUCUUCACCUGCUUCGACGAGAGCGGAGGCCGGCAGGGCGGCUACGACCAGCAGGGCUACACACAGCAGGGCGGCUACCAGGGCUGGACCUCGGCGGUCGACCCGGCGAGCGGGCAGACGUACUACGUGAAUGACGAGACGGGACAGAGCCAGUGGGAUCCGCCCUGGUAG